AUGGCACCAUUAACAGCCGCCUCGGAUGAGAAAACGCAUCAGGCACUUCUUGAUAAGCUUGACAUCUACGCAGUACCCAAGCCUUUCCGCAACCCAAACUGGAAGCCACCGCAGCGACGCAACAAGAACCUCAAGCAGAUUCUCGGCGAGGCGUCACGCAAAGAAGCCUCAGUCAUGGCCACACAGAACAACAGCGGUAACUCGACACCUGCCGUAGCUGCUGAAGGCAAUGCUGCUUCCGGCCGCGCACCGAACAUCGCCCAAGCAGCCCAGAGUCUGAGCACCCUGGUAUUGGAGAAGAACGGCAGAGCUGCUGCUGGGCCGGCACCUACAUACACCAACAUCGAGUCGGCUCCGAGCUUUCACCCGAGCAGUCAGAAGAAGUACUGUGAUGUCACCGGUCUUCCUGCACCAUACACCGAUCCCAAGACGCGUCUAAGGUACCACAACAAGGAGGUGUUUGGAGGCAUCCGUACCAUGCCACAGAACGUGUCAGAGGGCUAUCUCGCCGCAAGAGGUGCACACACAAUCUUGAAGUGA